AAUUCUCUGUUUGCUAGUCUCGCACAAAACCUGAAGAAACUCGAAGCGGAACCGAAUCAAAACCGAGCGCGAGAAGCGGAGCCGCGGCGAGCCGGGGAGGUGCGAGGAGGAGGAGCAAUGGAGGCGCUGCUGGAGCUCGAGAAGGUGCAGAGGGUGCUCUCCCUCAUGAGUUCGCGCGGCCUCUCCCACGCCGACUCCAGCGGCGGCGGCGCUGCCGCUGACCGCUUCCUCGCCCAAUUCCUCCUCUUCAUGGUGCAACCGUUUGAUUCUCUUACCAUGGAGAAUAAGUUCCUUUUGGUCUCUGAGCUAUUAGCAAAGGCUACUCCUGAUACUUUGGAAGAAAUGCAGCAUCUCACCCAUCUGGAAGCUAAUCAAGAUAUACCUUCUGGAGGUUUACUCCAGCCAAUUAAGAAGUCUAAGAUGCAUGCCGAGAACUCAACCAUUCAGGCUGUGCCGAUGGUUGGUUUUGAUGCGAUGACAAGAGCUAAGUCUACACUUGAAGAUUUUUGCAGAUCGUACUUUAUGUUUCAUGGUUUGGAUGUUAACGAGCCACAAGCCAUUUUCAAGUAUCUACCUGUUCUUUGUUUCACAGAGAGCUACAUAUAUCAGUUAGAUGCUUCAAAUGAAGACUGUUUACAUGUAGUCCCAAACGACAACACUUCAAAAGUGUUGGGAAAGAAAGAAGAAGCUCUUAUUGAAACAUCCUUGUCUCAAAUGAUUGAACCCCUUGAAGGCCUUCUUCAGUGUCAAGGAUUAAUGACAGAUCGAUUGGGAACUGAACUCAAAUCAGGCAUUCAGUAUUGGUCUCUAGAGAGGAAGCUCUGCCAAGCAUUACUAAGAAAUGAGAAGAUCUCUAUUGAAGAUGUUAUGAAGGCAAUCCAUCUCAAAUCAUUUGACUAUCGAGUUCUUAACCUGUUGAUGUUUCAACUUACUGGUCAGCAUGUCAAUGAAUUGCAUAUGGACUUCUUGUCAGUCUCAGAAUUUUUGGUUGAGAUAUCUGAUGACCUGUAUGAUUAUGAGGAUGAUGUUAUGAACAAUACUUUCAAUAUCCUUCGCAUGUUUGCUGCAAUAUAUGGACCAUUAGAGGCACCGAAUAUGCUGGCCAAGUGCAUAGGCGAGGCUGAAGAGAAAUAUGAGAGUUUCUCAAAGAAAUUGGAGCCUAGUCUCUCAGGCAGUUACUGGAGAAGAUGUGAGGAAGCUACAAAGGAAGGCGGAAAAAUAUCAGGCCAUGCAUAUGGAACAUGGAAUAUCCCUCGUGUGAUAAGCAAUGAAGACUCUUUCCGACGUGAAAGAUUGAGCAAACACGAUGCUUCUGCUGUGAUCAUCUGAUAGGCAAAUUUCAUGUUCCAAGUAUCUUCAAAGUUGAAGCUCCAGUACACUGCUAACCAUUCGAUGGUUCAUAUGGCUAUUUCAUACCAACAAAGUACACAUCGAGUGUCCUUGCCAUCUGAAGUAUAUUACUUUGGUACGGAGCAGUGCCUUGGCCAUUCGUACUCUCUGAAUGAACUUCCUAACAAUCAAAUCAAAUGUUUCUGUGAUCUUAGUGGCACAACCUCGACAAAUCAUCUCUGAAAUGAAAAAAGAGGUAAGGCAUCCUUGAAAUGAGAAAGGAGGUACAGAUUUCUCGGGAGGGGCAUGGCAGCUGUAGUUGAUGUGAGUUGUUUUUUGGUUCACACAGAUCUUGACAAGCGUUGCUCAAUUCUUUGUUUUGCUGCUUUGUAGCAUAAAAAAUGUAUAUUAUGUGUCCACCGUCGUCAGUGAUCGAUGCAUGCAGAUAUCGUGACACGAUUCCCUGGCUCUGAAGUCACGUACCGUAUGGUCUCGGCACACAAUGGCGUGAUAAUAUACACAAUAGCGACAUAGCGUGGUCCUUGUCUUUAAUGCCGUCUUCUGUCUUCAGACCAAGAUGCAUAAACUGUUUGGUGGUGACAGACUUUGGGGGAGGGCAUCGUCGGCCUUGCAUCAAUUUACUGGUGGAUGGUGAUGCGCCGAUACAUUCGGGCCUGACGUGGAUGCAUUUUGGCGGAGCUGCAGAUUGCAUCUGAUCCGCAACUGCAUGCAUGGGAGCGCAGAUUAUGCAAGUACCUGGCAACCGUUGCUGGAGUUGGUUUUGUUGGAUACUUGGAUUCAUGGUGCAAGGAGAAGCUGGUGGGCGCCCGGCACGAGUCAUGUCUGUUUUUGCGGUCAAUAAUAUAUACUAUACUAUACUAUAAUAGUAGUGGGCAGCUGUCGUGGCGAUCAUGGUUGAUCUUAUGGUCCACAUGACCACAUAAAAUGAGGGCCUCGAAGCAUGGCCGCCUGCGAGUGCCCACUGCUCGACGCAGACUUGGUAGGGGCCAAUCAAUCCACAAGUAACAAGUUUGCCUGCA